AUGUCGUUGUCUUUCGCGGCUGGUUCUCUUGUGCUUUCCAACUGGGGAUUCGGCGCCGGAGACAUUGCGACAAUAGCGGGAGCCGGAAGGGCAGCUGUGACCUGGGUCACAAACAAUUUCAAGGAUAGAGGCCUCCUUGACUUUAUGAAAGUUGAUGCUGAAGACUUGGUCCCAAGAAAAGGCCUCAUCGAUCCAGUUGCUUUGCACAUGCGAUGGGACGUGCGGAUGACAUUACUCCAAAAUGGUCAGACACGGGUUAUUGAAGGCCCCACCGGGCCAGUCGUCGAGAACAUGAACAUCUUCAGCUGGUUCAUGACGAUCAUUACCAGCGCUAUGGAUGCAACCCUUCAAAAGAGCAGCAUUAAGGAAGCAAUGUCAAGCUUCCUCACCGCACUAUUCAAAGAACAUGUUGAUGAGUUGGACUUUCUUCAGAGAGAACUUCCUCAUCAUAUCCAAGGUUGGAUUUCCGCCGCUGUGGUUAGGAGCAUCAUAUCUCGAGCUCGAAACGUUUGGCAUCAGCUCCUCAAUCAAAAGCUGAGAUUAGCUGGUGAUAUCCUGAAAGAAGACGUGCCAGAGAUCGUGCGAUUCCUAGUCUGGCUUGCCGGAGCAAAGAAACAGAAGGACUGUAAACGGUUUGAGACAACCUCAAGCGAUGUAUUCGCCUUCGCAAUCAUUCUGAAAUCGAUUGGUCUCGACAUGAUUGACACAAUCAGAGAGACUGAAGACGAGGUUGAUUCCAUGGAAAGCAGACUCGUUGUCAAAUUCACGCCAGACGCCAUUGGAACAGGUUCUACAAGCGAUGAAGAAGCUCGAAGUGUUCUCUCUCAUCAACGGCAACGCUUCGUAAUGAGAAUUCCUUUACAAUGUAUGGAAGAGUGUGUCUCUAUUUGGCCUGGGACUGCGGAUCAAAACAACCAGCGUCGGUUGCUUUUCGAAGAGGGUGUCGCCGCAUCCGGGACUCUUUCUGUCACAGCCAAUCAGUCUUCCAGUACCAAGAGAGGACCAUGCCCAUCGUUUAUUCUCUCAGAUGAGACAUACAGCAACGUUGGCAGAACUGAUAGUGCGGUAUACCGAAUUGUUUCAGACUGCUUUCCGAUUCCCACUCCGGCUGUCAUCAAUGCCAUAAAUGGGAUAUUGAAACAGAGUCCGGCGUUGCAAGAUCGGGAAAGUGAGGGUAUUUUCCGCCGACUUGACCAGAACCCCGAAUCCUUAAGCAAGGUGCAAGUAUUCGUCCUAGGGUACUAUUAUGGCAUGCUUAGAAUAUUUAUCGACGAUUCAAAAUUGUCGAUUCAGGAAGGCUACGGGAGUUGGAAAUGGUUCGACGCUCGUCUCCUCCGCUGGGUGCGGAUGUUCCUCUCUGAGCACUCUGACCCAAUCGAGCAUUCGCCCGGGAAGAAAAUUCUUGGGCAGGAAGGAAUACUAAAAUUACUUGGCUUGCUGUUUGUAGGGGCGGAGGAAGACCAAUUAAGAGCUGUAGACCAAUCGACGGUUGGAAUUCACGGCAAAAUCUCCGUGGUAACGAACAGUCUCCUGGGAUUCAUCAACUUCAAAAGUUCUGCCAUGCACUUUUGCCUUCUAGACACCGACCCAACUGCCAUUCCUAGCAAUGCCAGAGGUAUCAUCAGCAGCGGUGUCCAGGGUUCGAAUAUACGCAAGCCUCUGAUGCUGUCCGACGACCAUUUACAAGACAUUGACAAGGUUGAUUGCAAAAUCAUUGGAGAGGACUUCACAUCGCACAUCGAGCCGGAUUGGGAAAAUGAUGUUCAGCAAUGUCAGGUCGUUUUCAGAUACAAAGGACGACUUGUUGGCAGAAUGGCACCCUCAAGUCUCGAAGUAUCGACAAAAAUAACGACAAAAGAGCGUCCACAAAUGUCCCAAGGACCACUACCUUCUACGAAAGUUUACGUUGCAGAACUCGAGCGUCUAGUUAAUAAUUGUCCUCAGCCUGAUUUUGGGAGUGCGGAGUUCAACCCCUAUCAGCCUCCCAUUCUUAUUCCAACGCCGAACCUGGCAAAAGCACGAACGUUCCUAUUGGCACAUUAUUGUAUGACCGGGUACUAUCGUGUCGAAUUAGUUGAUCCAUGGCUGGAGAUUGGAUGGGACCCUGAACGAAAUGGUCAGAACGGCUCCCACUUGCCCAUCAUCCUAUACUGGGAUCUCAGUAAUUUUCCAAACGAGGUUCUUGGUACGGGCAAAUUCAUCAUUCUGGCUUGAAAUUUGAAUGCUGAUGAAUCCACUUUGUUUUGCUUUCAUCGUUGGCUUUGCCACUACCUGAUUUGCGUAGUUUGCUAUAUAGUAGUAUUGAGUAACAAGCUGUGCUAGGCGGCAAGAUUUGGAGGUUGUUGUCAAUAUACUUAUAGACUAUUCUAGAAUUUGAACUGCGUUGUAAUUCGCACAUAAACUGUGAGGGGCUAGGCGCAAUGUGCUACUCGGUGGGUACCUUGGUUCAUGCCCUAACAGGGUAGCCCCGAUUGCAACUCGGACGAUCGGGUGAUACUUAUCCCAGUCCGCCCCUUUCAUGUUUUCUCUACUCGACUUCCUAUUUAACUCUCUAUCG